AUGGUCUAUGAUAGUGAUAUAACAGAAAAUAUAUCACUAUCCCAUAACGAAAAGCAUACAGAAUCCCUAAAGGAUUUAAAUACAUUGGAUGAAAGAGUAUUACCUCCGGCACUCUCUGGUAGGAAAGCAUCCACUUAUUUAGGUAUCUUCAGAGAAAGUAUUGAAGGCAAUAACGUGGAUACAACAAAGCCAAAAUCUUUUUUGAAACAUGAUUCGGAUACUGGUUUAAGUGGUAGGGAUAAGGUUAUUGAUGAAGAUAAUACAAAGAAGAUUGAUUUGGACAGUGGAGUGAGUAUCUUAGAUAAUCAAUAUAUAGACGAUAACAAAGAUUUAAAUCAUCUACGGCAUGCUUCUAAUGAUAUUUUAAUUAAUACAUAUAAUAAAUAUAUUAAUAGUGAUAUCGUUAAUGAUAAUAAUAAUAAUGAUAAUGAUAAUAUUAUUGUAAAUAGACUAGAUUCCUCAAAUAAAAAGAAAUCCAUGUUAACUGUCGGUUUACAAAAAGCAAGCUUAUCUGGACCGAAUAUCAUGAAUCAAGAUAAUAUAGCGUCAAAUACCUUCAAUGAUGAUCUUAUGUUGAAGCCAGUCUCCUCCGCCACAUAUUAUCCACAUAAAUCAAAAUCUACUGUAUCAAAGACAUCAAAAAUUUUAAAUAAGGAAGAACAUAAUGAAAAUAGCACUGAUUUUAUAAAUACAGAUAAUGGAUUUGAAAAAUUAACAAAAAUUGAAUCAAGGAGUAGUGUGAGUAGUCGCAGAGCCAAUCGUAAAUUAACUUAUGGUGGUCAUGAUGAGUAUGAGGCACAUAAUCAGUUAUCCAAUCCUAACUCUUAUGAUGAUAAUAGUGACUUGACAUCUUCAGAGAAGGAAGUCCUAAUAAGAACUGAUGAUAAUAACGGAGAUAAGGGAGCACAAUACCAAAGUGAUGAAAAAGAACUAUCAAGUGAGGUGGGUAAAAGAAGAGAAAAAAUAGUUGAUAAUGAUGACUAUAAUGAAGAAGAUGACGAUGAUGAUGCUGAUAAAGAAUACCCAUUGGCUGUUGAGUUGAAACCAUUUACAAAUAGAGUUGGUGGACACACAGCAAUAUUUAGAUUUUCUAAAAGAGCAGUAUGUAAGACUUUAGUCAGUAGAGAAAAUAAAUGGUAUGAAACAAUGGAACUAACAAAUAACAAGUUAUUACAGUUCAUGCCACGUUAUAUUGGUGUUCUUAACGUCAGGCAGCAUUUUAAUUCAAGAGAAGAAUUUUUAAAUCAAGUGCCUACUCCACAGAAAGAAAAGAAUGAUGAUAGGAAAAGUACGUUAGAUUCAACUCUAGAAUCAGAAUAUUUACAAACUAAGUUAUCUAAGGAUGAAAAUAUUGGAGCUCCACUGGAACAUAUCUAUUCAUUUCCUCUGUCUAACAAUUCAAAACCAGCAUCAGUUAAAUAUAAUAGAAGCAGAUACAUCCACGGAUCAUUUUUACCCGAAGUAUCAAUUGAUGAUAACCAACAUAUUAUACCUGAUUCCUUAUGGGGACAUUAUUAUCCAAAUUCCCCAUCAAAUUCUUAUUCCCAGGUACAUUCACCAUCAUCAACAGCUAGUUCUGUGCCCGACGAUUCUUAUAUAUCAACAACAUUUGAAGAUAAUGAUAAUAUUUCGGAGAUACCUAAACAUCAUAAGAAUAAUAGUAAUAUUAAAAGAAGACGUGAUUCAGGCUCCACAGUUCUAAAUACAAAGUUGAAAGACUUGGUGAUCCAAGAAGUUUUUGCUCCAAUCACGACAAGAAAAAAUAGCACUGAUGAUAAUAAUAAUAAUUUGGGAGGUGGUGUAGUUAGAACUAUUUCAGGUAGGCAGUUUAGGAAAAAAGUAAGAUCUUCUUCCUCUUCCUCCACAUCUGUCAAUAACAGUUCACCAAUUAAUUCAAUGAGAAGAAAUUCCCACAUUUCUUUGGUGGAGACAGAUAAAGAAUCAGAAUCACCAUUGCUACAUAAAUUGAAAAAGGAAUGUAUCUCAAAUGCUAUCAAUAGUUCACAUUCAGUCAUGGAUUUAAAACAAUUUCAACAGAAGACUACGGUGAGAGACAACAUUUUACAUUCUGGAGCAGAUAUUGAUUCUAAAGAUUCACAAUUUCUUUUACAAAAUAAUCCAGAAAAUAAUAAAGAUAAUAAUAAUAUAAGUGAUUUGGAUAAUAUAAUUUCAGGUGAAAGACGUGAUAGUGAAUUGUUGAUGAAUGAAUUUUCUCCUCCUCCCUUGGAAUCGAUUGUAAUUGAAGAUCAGAGUGAUACAAUAGUAUCAAAAUUUAUUUUGUUAGAAGAUUUGACUCGUCAUUUGAAUAAACCCUGUGCCUUAGAUCUAAAAAUGGGAACAAGACAAUACGGUGUGGAUGCAAAUUCUUGUAAGCAACGGUCCCAGAGAUUAAAAUGUCAAAAGACGACAUCACGUAAAUUAGGUGUACGUAUUUGUGGAUUAAAAGUAUGGAAUGAAUCUUAUUAUAUUAAAAGAGAUAAAUACUUUGGCAGACGUGUAAAAGUUGGAUGGCAGUUUGUUCGGGUUUUAGCAAGAUUUCUUUAUGAUGGUCAACAAAUUGGUAGUAUUGUUAGGCACUUACCAAGAUUAAUAAAAGAAUUAGAUUUAUUGGCUUUGGAAGUGACAAAUUUGAAAGGCUUCAGAUUAUAUGGUGCUUCAUUACUGUUAAUGUAUGAUGGUGAUUUGACAUUAAAGAAGGGGAAAACAGUAAAAAUUAAGGUCAAUAUAAUUGAUUUUGCUAAAUGUGUCACUAAGGAUGAUAUGGAAGAAGGAUUAAGAUUAAAUUCAUUUAAAGUUCCACCGAAGAAUGGCAUCAAUGUAGAAGAUUUAGGAUUUGUUCGUGGGAUUAAAAGUUUAAGAUUUUAUUUCUUAACAUUAUGGAAUUAUUUGACUGUAGAUGAGCCAUUAAUAUUUGAUGAAGAUGAAUUAACAUAUUUUAUUAACAAUUCAAUGAAAUUGAAGGGGAAAGAAUUGUUUCAUAUUAAUUGGGAUUGGCUUGAUGAAUUUGAUAAAGAAGGAGAAUCUGAGUUUAAUAAUUCACAGAGUGAGUUACGCAAAAAAUGGAGAAAAUAUGAACUAAUAUUCGAUGUAGAACCUAGAUUUAGUAAUAAUGGCGAUGUUAGUGAUUAA